UUGAUUCAAAUAAGAUUCAAUCUUAUAUGGUGGCAGCAGCCGCGAUGUAGUUCGUGAACCGCUACUAGGCGACGAUGCACGUGACACCUUUCUCGUAAUGCAAUUUACACUUCAAAGGCUAUAUAAGCAGCCCACCCACGGUGACAAAAAAUGCAUCAACCUAUGACAUCGUAGUGAGCUCUUUGGGCCUACGUAUUUUUUAUUACAUCUUAAAGAUACAUCUUAGUUGUCAUGGCUAAAUUUUAGUUUCGAUAACGAAUAUUUUUUCUGCAUGUAGUAGUAAUAACCUAUUCGGUCACGAGCUUCUGUCUCCUUGCAAGAAAAAUAUGUGCUCAAAUAGUGUUUUAUCGUUGAAUAACACUAGAAUUUGAAUCAAAGAAAAAAUUAAAUUCUUUCAAAAAAUAUUUUAUUUAAAAGAAACAAUUACUUUGUUUAAAAGUCCAAACAAUUGUAUUUGUUAGUUCAAACAUCAGUUUCAUUGGCGUAUACCAAUGAACAAAUUUGUUUGACUUAAAGAAAAUUUAUUAAAUCCAAAGAAACUUUUCUCUCUGUGUACGCAUCUAUGGUAAUCUAGGUUGUGGUUAUGGUAUAAUGUAAGGGCCCCCGCACAGACUUUUGUAUAAUUCAUAACAUAAAUGCAUAAAAAAUUUGAUUGGUUGAUGGAUUUCUUAUGCACUUUCUUUUCAGUUUUUCCAUAUUCACAAAUAUUUAACUUCUGCAAACAAGUCAAACGUCACAUCAAACUAAAUGUUUUAUUUACAUUCAUAUUUCUACUCUCUUUUAGGAGAAUUUGUUACCAUUUCUUGCGAUUUCUUAACGUCAGUCAGAAAUGACCACAGGCGACGUUUUACAAUGUUAACGUUUUACAACAUUUGAUAACAAAACGUUGGUUUACGUUGGGAAUUACGUAUUAAAAUCGCUCGAAAAAUGUAGUGCAGAGUAUAACGUUACAUACCUUAACGUCGGAUAAUAGAACUUAAACCGUUUCAUAUUUGACAUUGGAAGAGUGAUAAAAAAAGCACGUUAUAAUUUUAACGUUAAGACAACGUCCAAAAAACGUUAGUAUUAUUUUUUAAUUAUAAGUUUCAUUUUAUAACUUUCUUGGCCCGCUUACAACGUUGUGAUUAGUAGAAAAGUAGUCCAUAGUCGGAAAGGUAACCGAAAAAUGCUACUUGGGGAUGGUCUAGUUUAUAUGAACAUCUAUUUUCAUAUUUGGCGCAUUUUCUUCAUAUCAUUACUUUUGUAGAGAAAAUAUGUUUUUUGUUCUUUUUUGGGAAAAGAUAAUUUUAUUAAAAUUUUAUUAAAAUUUGUAGUGCCAAAUUAAAAAAUUAUUUUGUAGAAGAAUAGAUUUUUGAUGGUGUUUCUUGCGCGCGUAUACUUGUCGCUUUUUUUUAAAAAGGUAUAUUUUUACUUAAUUUUAUAUAAUUAUACAUUACUAUGUAUGAAAAAUUUUUGAUCAAGUUGAGAUAUGAGUAAUUCUUAUGUCUCAAGAUUUGAGAAACGACUAUGAAUUCAGGUCCUAGAGUGUACAAUAGAAUAAUUGUAACGGCUUGGCGUUACCAACAUAGCUCUAUAAGUUUUCAAAGUUAAUAUUAUUCAAUAAAAAUUUAUCAUAUACAUUUGAAAUGUGUAAUAAAAUUUACAGUGUUAAAAGUGAAAGUAAUUUUAUUUUAGCCGAGAAAAAAAAUUUUAAUUAUUUAUUCUUUGGCCUCCUAAACCAGGUUUAUUUCUUUCUUAUAAGUUGAAUUUAUAAGUUCACUGGAUUUAUAAGUUCUUUUUUAAUAAGAAUAAUUAAAGAAAUUCGAGUUAUUGUCAUCGGUGUUAUACUUUCAAUGUAAACCAUUGUUUAUAUUAGUUACGGUAUCUAUAAAUAAUAAAAUAACUAAUAGUAAUAACUAGUAGUAAUAAUUGGCAUUUAUCAAUUAAUAAUGUAAUUAUGUUCAAUUGCUUGAGUCCAGCAUUAACCUUUCACUUUUACAAUGCAAGGAUCUUUUUUUUUUUUUUGGAGAUUAAUGUGUCUCAUCUGGUGGGGAUAUUAGACACUGAUGGCUGUAAAUGCAAGGAUCGGAAAGCUAUACGGUUAUUGGAUUGUUACACAUCACAUGUUGCGUUAUCGCGCAAGUCUGCCAGUGAGCUUGUAUUCUGUUACCAUGGUGCUUGAACUUACCAAACAAUUCUCCCUUCUCUUCAAAUACAUCGGAGCAUCUAAACAGACAGGCACAAAAAUAAAAUUUUGUCACUGUUAUCAAUUGUUGGUUCAAGUUUUAUUUGGUAAAAAUAAUGGCAAAUGACAUUUUCAGCAACGGUUGUUUACACGAAAAUACAGUUGUACAACGAGCAAGAAAUGACAGAAACAAACGAGCACCUGAUAUAGCAGCUAUAGAGAGUCGCAAUUGGUUAUUACAUCGACAUUAUACGAGACACGAGUACAGUGUUUGCAAAGUACUUAUCGAAAAGGAAUUAACAAGAUCAAAUGGUCAUGAAUACGCUAAUUAUUUAAAGGGUUUAAUUCUAAGAAAGGAGGGCAAGAUUCAAGAUUCCUUGGACUGUUUUCAGACAGCAUACAACGUCAAUUCAACAAAUGUUGAUAAUGUUAAACAAAUAGCAAAAUCGUUAUUAAUCAUGGGAAGUCACAAACAUGCUGUAGAUAUAUAUAUGGAAGCUGAAAAAAUAUCCAUUUUACCCGAUUGGGAAAUAUAUCAUGGCCUCGGCGAAGCUUACGUAAAAUUGAAUCAAUUACAAGAGGGCAAAAAACAUUUUAAACGAUCAACAGAAUUAACCAAAAAUGAAUUGCCCAAUAUCGAUCUCGCGAGACUCUAUCUUUUAGAUGAUAUGAUUCCAGAGGCUAAAAACGCCUAUACGGUGGCUUUGAAUGGAAAUUCCCGGAACAUCGACGCAGCAACAGAAUUAGGUCUUUUAUAUCUUAGAAUUGGAGAUAUGCAACGAGCAUUUCAGGAAUUUGGAGUAGCUUUGGCUCAUUCGCCUAAUUGCGUGCAGGCAAUUUUACCUAUGGCUUAUGUAAUGCAAAAUCAUCGAGAGUAUGACGUAGCCUUAUCGAAAUAUAAAGUUGCAGCACAGACUAUUCCAGAGUCUUCGAUUCUUUGGAACAACAUUGGAAUGUGUCUUUAUGCAAAACAAAAAUAUGUUGCGGCUAUUAGCUCGUUAAAACGAGCACAUUAUUUAAGUCCAAUGUCUUGUAUUCCCUCAUGCAAUCUGGGAAUCGUCUUUCUUACUACUGGGCAACCUGCAUCCGCUGCAAUUUACUUAUGUGCUGCAGUCAGCGCUGGACCAAAAAAUCCUACGCCGUAUCUAUUAUUGGGUUGCCUGGCUAGCUGGGAAGAAGACGUUGAUGAAGAAAAAGAUAACAAAAAAGAAACGAGUACUUCCAACAGCGAAACAAGGCGGCAUGUUAUCGAUUCUACCGUUAUUGGGCGCACUCGGAUCCAUGAUCGGUGGAGCGGCUAGCGUGGCAAAAGCAGUGAAUGAUAGUAAAGUCGCGCGAAGUCAGUUCGAGGAGUUACAACGUCACAAUCACACGAUGGAAGGUCGCGGGGUAUCUUGGUCCAUACACAGGCGGAAAGGAACUAUACCUUGCUCCAUACAAAUAUGGAAAAGGUGUAACAGCGAAAGGAAAAAAAAAAAAUGUCGAAAAAACGUUAAAAAUGCCUGCAGGUGCAAUGACAAAUGUGCAACUGCAGCAACUGGCUAUUCAUAUGCGUAUUCCGUACUUUAGAGAUGUUUUUAUGGGUAACGCAUUACCAAUAAGCGACGAAACGAGAGCGGUAUCGUAAACCUGAAUGAUGUGACGGGUCCCGGUACUCAUUGGGUAUGCAAAGAGAGACAAUCACGUGAUAUAUUUCGAUAGUUUUGGUAAUCUUCGGCCACCUAAAGAACUUGUACGAUAUUUCGGAGACGGUGACAAAGAUAGAGUACACAAUAAGAAAUAAAAAUAAAAUAU